UAUCGUCUUGGCGAGAUUAAAAAAUUGUAUCGUCAUUCUCCACAGAUAACGGUAACAGCACUCAAACCAAAAGCCUAUAUAGACUUGGCCAUCAUCAUUCCAUAUUGUACUUCUUUUCCCUUUCUUUCGUUCCUUUUUUCAGUUUGUCGUUGCGCUUUUUCUUUGUUAAAUGCCUACAUCUGAAGAAGGAGACAAUGAUGCUCCGCAGGAUAGCAAUCCAAUACACACAGUUCGCGGUUCAACAAUGAAUAACGCUAGCAACAACCGACCAUUAUCUCCAUCAUCUGCUUAUCAGUACCCUUCAACUGCACGAAGCAACGCAUCGCUCGAGACUGGUAGCAGCAUUCCUACUGUCCGUGACCCCUCGCGAGGAUAUGAUGUCGACUUUUAUGGCCAUGUGCGGGAUGACAUUCAUAACUCUGGGCGAUAUUUCCGCUACGCGCCUUCAACCGAUUCACUCGUUGCACAGCUUGAGACCAAACGACACCGCGCACCUACUCGACUAACGACCUAUGGUCCAACAGCAGAACAAUGCGAUAAUGGCGUCGCGAGCCUUUCCAAUGACACCUUGGUAGGUGGAUCAGGAACGACAAACGGAGCAGCAGCAACCAACUAUGCAUCUUGGAACUCAGCUGUACCAUGCACUGCAGACGAAAUUCAACAGACGUUUGUUCACCUUACAAAUGCGUUCGGCUUUCAGCUCUGCAGCAUGCAAAACAUGUAUGACCAUCUUAUGAUAAUGCUCGACUCACGCUCGUCGCGUAUGUCUCCUUUGGCAGCACUCCAUACUUUACAUGCUGAAUAUAUUGGUGGUCCAGACGCCAACUAUCGACAGUGGUAUUUUGCCGCUCAACAAGAUAUCGACGGCGAGACCAACAACAUCGAGAACGGGGUAUCAACGCUUGUCGAUGCACUGGAAGCUUGGAUGAAUUCAAUGGAAGGAUUAUCAAAUAUUGAUCGAAUACAACAACUUGCGCUUUGGCUACUGAUCUGGGGUGAAGCAUCCAACCUGCGCUUUUGUCCGGAAGCACUGUGUUUCAUCUUUAAGUGCGCAAACGAUGCUUACAAGCCAAUAUCACAACAGCAAACCAUGGAGGUAGCGCCCGAAGGCGAUUUUCUAAACAGUGUCAUCCAGCCACUGUAUGACUUUAUACGGGAACAGAGCUACAGAGCCGAUGGACAGAAGCGCGAACGGGAUCAUGCAGAAAUCAUUGGAUACGACGACGUCAAUCAGCUGUUUUGGUCGCAAGACACCAUUGCAAAGCUCAAGUUGCAGGACAAGAGUAAACUGAUGGAUCUGCCAGCAGAACAACGAUAUCAUGCUCUGCGUGAUGUCCGAUGGGUUAAGGCAUUCAGCAAGACCUUCAAGGAGAAGCGUUCCUGGAUGCAUCUAGCAAUCAACUUCACUCGUGUGUGGAUUAUCCAUGUGGUGGCGUUUUGGUACUACAUUAGCGCCAAUGCCGGUGCCCUGUACCUCAGCACAGACAAGGAUGAAGCUGAAAAGGAGGUACCCGUCCAGUUAUCCAUUGUUGCUCUUGGUGGCAGUGUGGCCACUCUCAUUGUAUUACUGGCGUGCUUGGUGGAGUAUGUAUAUGUGCCUAUGUCCUGGAAUCGUGCUGGGAUACUCAUGCGGCGAUUUACGUUCCUUGUUCCCAUAUUCUUGCUCAACACCGCUCCUUCGGUGUAUUGCUUGAUGUUCGAUCGUACGAGUCCGUUUGCAACGGCAAUUUCUGUCAUUCAACUUUUAAUAAGCAUUGCCUCCAGCGUUUUCUUUGCAGUCACCCCCCAAUCUCGUUUAUUUUUAAAGCGAUCCCAGCAAGAUGAUAAACGCAAGGCGCUGGUGCAUAAAACGUUUACAGCGAACUUUCCACAGUUGAGACGCAUGGAUCGAGCUACAUCGAUGGGGCUGUGGGCCUGUGUGUUCGGUUGCAAGCUUCUCGAGUCAUACUUUUUCUUGGCACUAUCCUUUAAGGAUUCACUGACAGCCAUGGCAAGAAUGCAGGUUAAAGAUUGCAGCGACCCUAUUAUCGGCUCUGCUCUGUGCGCAUAUAUGCCUAUGAUUACGCUGGCGUUUAUGACUCUCAUGGAGUUAAUCCUGUUCUUCCUGGAUACCUACCUGUGGUAUGUCGUCUGGAAUACCAUGUUCUCUGUCGCACACUCCUUCUAUCUCGGCAUUUCCAUUUGGACACCCUGGCGUAAUAUUUUUUCUCGGUUACCAAGACGUAUUCACGCCAAGAUCCUGGCAGUGUCCGAACUCAAUGUGCAGUGCAAGCCCAGAGCUCUUUGCUCGCAAGUGUGGAAUGCCUUUAUCAUCGCCAUGUAUCGGGAUCAUCUUCUAUCUGCCGAUCACGUUGCAAAGCUAUUAUACCAGCAGGUUUCUGAUAUCUCAGAUUCCCAGAAGACAUCACUAGAAGAGCCCACGUUCUUCGUUGCUCAGGAAGAUAUUGCAUAUGAGAAUGAGUACUAUCCACAACACAGCGAAGCUGAGCGUCGCGUGCAGUUUUUCGCUCAAAGCUUGACAACACCUAUGCCCGAACCACUUCCUGUUCCUAACAUGCCAACAUUUACGGUGCUCACGCCCCACUGCGGGGAGAAGAUCUUGCUUACGCUGCGCGAAAUUAUCCGCGAAGAAGACCAAAACACACGGAUCACGCUGCUCGAAUACCUCAAACGUCUUCACCCGUUUGAAUGGGACAACUUCGUCAAGGAUACCAAAAUACUGGCGGAUGAAGCGAUCGACACGACCUUGAACGCGGCUUUGGACUCAUCAACAUGUGAAGAUGGCAGAAGCGCCACAUCUUCGGAGCGUACACACGUGCACAAGGAUACGGACGAUUUGCCAUUUUAUUGCGUCGGUUUCAAAUCUUCGGCUCCAGAGUACACGUUGCGAACUCGGAUAUGGGCAUCUUUGCGAUCGCAAACGUUGUAUCGAACAGUGUCUGGUUUCAUGAACUAUGACAACGCCAUCAAACUUCUGUACCGCGUUGAGCAGCCCGACGUAUUUGUGGAUGAAAAGAAGACAGACCUUGAACUCGACCAAAUGGUUCAUCGCAAAUUUAGGCUCGUACUUGCCAUGCAGCGGUAUGCCUCCUUCAACUAUGAGGAGAGGGAAAGCACCGAGGUUCUGUUGAAGGCGUAUCCGAAUUUACAGAUUGCAUAUCUCGAAAAGGUCAAGGGCGAUGAUCAGGAAGAUGUUUAUUAUUCGGUGCUCAUUGAUGGACACUGCCCUCUUUUGGCGGACGGCACGCGCUCGCCCAAGUACCGAAUUCGGUUGCCUGGUAAUCCUAUCCUGGGCGAUGGCAAGUCUGACAACCAAAACCACGCGCUGAUCUUUUGCCGUGGUGAAUACCUCCAGCUGAUAGAUGCAAACCAGGACAACUACCUCGAAGAAUGCCUCAAGAUCCGCAACGUUUUGGCCGAAUUCGAGCAAGGAACAAACACAUCUCCGUACCGUAAACCAUCAAAAUCAGGUGGACCUGUGGCUAUUGUUGGCGCUCGCGAGUACAUUUUUUCUGAAAAUAUUGGCGUGCUUGGUGACAUUGCUGCCGGCAAGGAACAGACCUUCGGAACGCUAAGCCAACGUAUCAUGGCAACCAUUGGUGGCAAGCUCCAUUAUGGUCAUCCUGAUUUCCUCAACGGCGUUUUCAUGACUACGAGAGGGGGCGUUAGCAAGGCACAAAAGGGAUUGCAUCUUAACGAGGAUAUUUAUGCCGGUAUGAAUGCUUUCGAGCGAGGCGGACGUAUUAAGCACGUGGAGUAUUUCCAGUGUGGCAAGGGCCGUGAUCUUGGGUUCGGCUCGAUUCUCAACUUUGUUACAAAAAUCGGCACUGGCAUGGGGGAGCAGAUGCUUUCGCGGGAGUACUACUAUAUUGGGACGCAGCUACCAUUGGACCGAUUCUUGACCUUCUACUAUGCACACCCAGGAUUUCAUGUCAACAACAUAUUCAUCAUGCUCUCGGUGCAGCUCUUCAUGAUUGUGAUCCUGGUUCUUGGCGCUCUAGCAAUGCCCGUCACCUUGUGCGAGUUCAACCCUGAUGCUCCCAAGGAUGCACCACUGAUACCUGAAGGCUGCUAUAAUCUCGUCCCGGUCUUUGAUUGGCUCAAGCGUGUGGUGAUCUCCAUCUUCGUUAUAUUCGCUGUUUCGUUUCUACCGCUGUUUCUGCAAGAAGUGAAUGAGCGUGGUUUCUUACGAGCCAUCACCCGUCUUGUCAAACAGCUACUGUCGUUUUCGCCGUUCUUUGAGAUCUUUGUCACACAGUGUUAUGCCCAAGCCAUCUUGAGCAACCUGUCAUUUGGCGGUGCACGCUACAUUGCGACCGGACGUGGUUUUGCAACAUCAAGGGUCCCAUUUUCUCAGUUGUAUGCCCGGUACGCUGACUCGAGCACCUACUUUGCUAUCAGGAGCUUCUUGAUUCUCCUCUUCGGAUCAAUCGUCAUAUGGAUGCCUCACCUCCUCUAUUUCUGGGUGACGGUUUUUGCAUUGAUCUUGUCGCCGUUCGUUUUCAACCCUCACCAGUUUGCCCUCGUCGAUUUUCUGAUUGAUUACCGGGAAUUCCUGCGUUGGCUUUCGCGUGGAAACGGUGCGCUCCAUGCCAGCUCGUGGAUUGGAUUCUGUCGCUCGAAACGGAUCAAGGUCACGGGUGUCAAGCGUAAGAGCACCAAGACAAAGGAAGUACAAUCGAAAGCAAACUUUUCCGUUGUUUUCUUUACGGAGAUUGUCAUGCCUGUAUGCUUCGCAUGCAUCUGCACUAUCGCAUACCUGUUUGUUCACAGCAUGCCUGAUGGUAACGAAAAGAGCAAGACGAGCGGGUUGACACGUAUUGGUGCUUUAUCGAUGGGCCCCAUUGUAUUGAAUGCUGCUGUGCUUGGCGGUUGCGUCGGCUUUUCCGUUCUGCUCGGUCCUCUCGCUUCAUUGUGCUGCAACGUGAAAUUCGGAUCUACUGUUGCAGCUGUGGCACACACUUGGGCAGUUGUUUCAUUUAUUGGCUUUUUCGAGGCGCUUUACUUGUUGGAAGGAUGGCAUUUUGAGCGAGCACUUUUGGGGUUGAUAACGAUUGCAAGUGUCCAACGAGCGAUAUCAAAAGCCAUUACAGUGCUGCUGGCGCGUGAAUUUAACAAUGGCGAAAGCAAUCAAGCAUGGUGGACUGGCCGUUGGUAUGGCCGAGGGCUUGGGUGGUACGCAUUAUCACAACCGCUACGUGAAUUUGUCUGCAAAGUUAUCGAAAUGACGCUGUUUCCAACAGAUUUUGUCCUAGCACAUUUUAUCCUAUUUGUGCUCUUUAUGGUAUGUCUUGUACCCGGGAUUGAUAAAUGGCACUCUCUCAUGCUGUUCUGGCUUCGGCCAGCCAAGCAAAUCCGACAUCCUGUAUACACGCUUUCCCAAAGACAGAGGCGCAUACGUACGGCAGUACUGUACGGCAUCGUGCUUGUCAUGGUCUGUGCACUGCUUUUAACAGUUUUGGUUGCCCCUGCAGUCCUGGGACCUCAUUUGCGUUUUCUUAACAACCUUCCCCUCCCGCUAUGAUAUUAAUCCUCUCUUUGUUUCUCUUCAUUCUUGCAUAAUCCAUACCUUUCUUACAUUUGAUAUUUCCAUACAAUUUACAUAUAAGCUACACAUACAAUCACCCUUGUCAUUUUUUGCAUAUUUCAUCCGGAAACAAUUAAAUUAAAGCUCUAGCAUAUGAUACAUUAUUUC